UGUCCUAUGUUUCGCAGGAAGUAAUCGGUUUGGGUAUCAUUGAUAAAUGUCAUAGGAUAAAAUAAUACCAAGUUUAAGAUUAUGCUGAGGGAUCGUACUUUAAGAAAACGUCGUACGCAUAUGUACCACUGCUAAUACUGGGAAAAAUCCUGGACAUAAUAUGUGCAAUGAAUGUAUGGACCAUUUAAAAGGAUCGAUGGGUUAAAAGACGAGUUUACUUACAAUAUGCACCACUUUUAAGUUGGUUGAGAUUGCAUGAGAUCAACAGAGAGCUGGGAACCAACGAGACCAUGCGGCUUCUGCUGCUUGGAACAAACCAAGCUAACCAAGUUCUCGCAAUUAGUUUUCGCUGGUCUGGUCUGUCUGCAGGAUGGCGAGGGAGGUUAUUGUAGCCCGAGGUUGCGGCGUUGGACGCUUUACAGAUCUUUGGCCCCCAUUCUCAACCAUCCCACUUUAUCUACUUGAAUCGCGUUAAGGUUCUGCUCAGUUAAGGUUAAUCGCCCAAUUGUGCUUUAAUCAAAUGUUACGACCAGCGUUGUCUUAUCUUCAACUAAAAAAUGUUAGGGUCUGAUUGUGAAAGUUACAAAGUUGUCAAAAAAUCGGAAAAAUACUAAUUUGCCAAGACCCUUGACCCUUGAGAGACUAAUGUAUACUGACAGUUUACACGAAAUCAUUUGUUGGAAUUUUAGUGAAAUAAAUACUCUAAAAUACUCGAAGCUGAUUAACAUGUCAGAUUUUGGGCUGAAAAAACGUGAAAAGAGACUUUAUUAAUUAUGUCAAGUUUGUAAGGACCGAUCCGUUCGAGAAAAAGACAAUAAUGUUGUACUGCAAAUAAGGAGAAGCCAAUCCCUUGUAAUCUGGUCCAAACUAGAGGAAAUGAAAACGUGUAAAAGGAAAAUGUUCUACAUGUUGCAAAAUUUUAAAGCAAUACGAAUAUAAACAAAUUCUGAAUGUGGACAUGCUCAUCCGAUUGAGUUGAUCAAAAUGACAGCUCUGCAGUGGUUCCUGUUAUGCGUUUUAUUCACCCUGUAUCUCCUUUUCGGGGGCAGCGUUUUCAUGUAUUUUGAGCAACACAGGGAAAUUGAGAAGAAGGAAGAAAUCUCAGUACUUCGGAAGGAUAUCAAAGAAAUACUGCUGCUGCUGGACCGAGACUUUUAUCAUAAUGAAACCACCAAGGAAAUGAUUCACGCAUUGACGUCUGCGAAACUUGGAGUGAUUCACAGAAUAAGUUCCGUAUGCGAAGCUGGCGACCUGUUGCCAGCCGACGAGAUCGAAAGCGACGGCAGCCUUUCGACCACGACCACGCCGCCUCCAGACCCCGGCCACCACGACGACAAGUUGAAGUGGAACUUUUACAAUUCCGUGUUUUUUGCUUUCACUGUGAUCACCACGAUUGGUUAUGGUCAUUUAGCCCCGUCCACAAAAUGGAGCAAAUGCUUCGUCAUGGUUUAUGCAUUGUUUGGCAUUCCUAUCAAUUCCAUUUUACUGAGUGGUCUCGGAGAGUAUUUCUCAAGUCGGUUGGUCAAAGUUCAUAGAAAAUCCAAAGACAAACCGGACAAAAAGUUUACACUCUUGCUCGAGAUUCUAUUUUAUUUGAUCCCUGGCCUGGUUGUGUUCAUGAUUGUCCCAGCCAUAAUCUUCGCUUUCAUCGAAAGUUGGUCAUUUCUGGAUUCCUUUUAUUUCGCCUUUGUUAGUUUGACUACGAUUGGCUUUGGAGAUUAUGUCGCAGGCAUGGGAAAUGGGCACACGGUCUGGAUGUGGAUAUACAAAUCAUUUAUAGUAAUUUGGAUCACAUUUGGCCUGGGCUAUUUAAUUAUGAUUCUUGGCUUCAUUUCGAAAGGCAUGACUCACAAAAGAGUUCGUGUUGUAAUCGAGAAGCGCUUGAAUACGAUUCGUUUCACAAAAGAAAAGCUUUCUCGGGACAUCGACUACAUGAGAAGGGUCGUCAACGAGCUGUACCUCAUGAAAAUCAAACCCGUUUACGACGACGACUCCGAGUCCGAGGAAGAAGCAUUUAAAGCCAAAGCGAAACGCACUCAGAGUCAACCCAACAUUUCCAGACCGCUGGAACGACGCCACAGUUCGCUCCCACAACUGACGGAAAUCAGGGUCGCAUCUUCCAGUGCUCUGGAGAAUGGCGGGGUUAAAUUCACGAUAGGAGAGCAGCCAAAAACGACGCCUAAGCUCGUGAGGAGAUGUUCCGACUCGGACUUGAGUCAUAUUGACAGGGACAAGACUUUUACGAGUGCAAUAAGACAACAGGUCACGGUGGACGAGUUGCUCGUCACAGUCGUCAAUGCUCUCAGCGGGAAUGUCAUGCAUGAAGUUAUGGAUGCCGUGGAAGAAUUGAAUGAAUAUGAGCAAGAAGUUUUGAUGGAGGAGGACACUGGUGUUCGUAAUCAUCAUCAUGAUCAGCCCAAUUAUUCCACUCCUCCUCCCCCUCAGGAGACAUCCCACACCAAUCAUUAUGAUAGAACCGAAAUGUUUGAUGAUCUCCCUCCAUGGGAUUUGGGGGCUCUGUCCGAGUCAGAUGAAGAAGUUCUCAUCGAAGAAGGCGAUGAAACGGACAAUUUACAGCAAGUUGUAGUUCAUGGAGAAGGGACGAAGGCCUCAUCAAAUACAACAAUCAUGGAAAAAGUCAGUGGUGCUAUACGAAAAAUAUCGUCCGGAAGUCGGACAUCAACAGACGGCGGUGGUCCUUCUCGAAAGAUUUCUAGGAGUGAAUCAAGUAGAAGGAAAUUGUCAAGAACAGACUCUUUCGAAAGAAAGCACACACAUUCACAUAUUCGGCCCUAUUUGAACCCACUUGCUCACGGCCACCAUGCUCGUGAACGCAAGUCCAGCCAGCAAAGGAAAAUAUCAGAAGAGAGUAGAAUCUCAAACAUCAGCUCAAAAUCCCGAUUGACGGAUGCUCUCCCACCUGGACUACAUGGCUAUGGAAGCAAUGCGUCUUCCAGAAAAAUUUCGGCACACGACGAUGACAAUCGGUCCAAGAUCUCUUUGGAGUCAACCAGUUUGGCCGAUUUUCUCCAAGCCUUGGACAACGUGCAUUCCAGGCUGGCCUCCAAAAGUUCGGUCGCCUCCUUUGGAGGAGAGUCGAGCAUGUACUCGGAUGCUGGGGACGACUCGUUAUUCAAUUCUGCCCAUCCUAUUGUCAGACGGUCAGCACGGCGGAGACGGUCGGAAGCGGCAGGAGGUAUCAUGGACCAUCCAAAUUCUCGACGAAGAAAAAAUGGGAUUACCCACCCCGGUUUUGCAUUUGCUUACGUAAAUAAUAGCUUCGUUUUUGACGGGUCAAUGGGAUCCAAAGACGAUGAUAAUAAUGAGUCUAGAUAAUUAUAUCGCAGUGUUUGCAAAUAUAUUUAUUUUAUUUAAUAAUCAUCGAAUCUCUACUUACUUUUCCGAUUCUUAAACUUAUACAAUUUAUAGUAUUGUUAAUGUACUAAUAUAUGCAUAUUCAGUAUCAAAGCUGAGAUUGAUUGGUUGGACGGUAGGCAAUAAGCACCUUAACCUUAUCUUUAGUUGUUAGUAGAUCAUAAAUUAAAUAUUGUUGAUUAUAUAAAAUACAAUUACAUACAUUUGUCAAUUUAUUCCUAAAUAACCUAGAUGAAGGUCCCCUUCAUAGAAGGGGACCUAAGAUUCGACUAAGAAUCGUAAAAAUACACAAAACACUAAUUUAAGCCUGAAGAACGAUUGGCGAGGCGACGAUAGACUUACUUCUUUUUUUUCUGUUUUAAUUGUUAUAAAAAUACGAUAAGUAAUGAACAAUAAGAAAAAUGGAAGAAUUAUUUACAUUUUUUUUGUAUUGCUUCAAAUGUAAACUUGUUCUAGUUAUAAUAAAACAAACA